AGUUGUUUGAUUUGCCGCAUCACAGCCGCUGGUACACGAGGCCGAAUCCAAUCCUGAGCCCUGACCAAUGUCCGAUGCGGCGGGAAUGGCCAGUAGCGAUGAGGAGGGUCUGCCCACCGGCGGGAGCAGCGGUCGCCAGCGAGUCCAGCGGGACUUCAGUGAUUCCAGGCUGGAGCGGGUGGCCUCCUACACAACGACCACAAUGCGUCUGAAACCAGAUAAAUGGACCAAAAUGAUGGCCAGCGAUGAGCUGCGGCGCAUUGUGUUGGACUGGCAGCAUGGCCACAGUCGCGUCCUGGUGAUGACUCUCAGUCCGGGUGGAGAUCUGGUGCCCCGGAGUUGCCUCAGUGACUUGUACCUGCCGUAUUCGGUGCAGAGCACUCGUGGAUCUGUCCCAUCCGCCACCAUGCUGCCCCUGGAAGAUGAAGCCAUGGCCACGGUGACUGCCGCCGUAUCCGCCGUGGUAUCUGCCACGCCCGGCGCCCUGCUCAUCCCCCUGCCGCCCGCGUCCUCCAGCUUUACGACUUUAGAUGGUGUGCCGCGCGGCAAGUGCGCCUACUUUGUCCGACGUAAUACUUCCGACGGACCGCUGACGGCAUCCAAUUUUGCGGAGAGCAUUCUGUACGGCGACUUCCCGGUGCACAGCAAAAUCGAAACCAUGUCGCUGCUGUUCGACGAAGUAUUGCAACCGCUCCUGGAACAGGCACAAAGUCAGUGGCCCGCCAUUGUUCGCAAGGAUCUGCAGGCGCGAAUCAAGGAAGUGAGGAACACGCUGACCGAGAUUAAGGGCAAAACCAACAAUCGCACAAUUUUAUCGUUAUUAGUUUCGCCAACAAUCGUCGAGGAAGUGUUUGCCCACGUGAGCCAAGGCCACUUAAGGCCUGCCUUGGAUCCAAAAUUCCGAAAUCUGCUGGAAGAGAUGUUUAUUAACUGGACUACCCAGAUGCAUGAUAUAGUUUUGGAGCGUUCUGAGUGUCAGCCCUUGGGAUCUGCCACCUUAUCAUCCGGGCAUCAACCCAAGCACAUAACACACGUUUCUUUGCCUGCCCAGGAGAUUGGAUUUUGGACGAACCGGAAGUUAAACCUGCAAAAUAUUUACGAACAGCUGCGAGAAUCCACGCACAAGACUCUAGCACAGAUUUUGGAACGGAUCGAGUCGGUUUAUUAUGUGCCAUAUGCCACUGCCUUUCGGAAACUGGUGGCAGCCUGGUUGGAGGCGCAGGAUGUUUCCCUUUGGCUGCAGCCUCUUCUCCGCCAGACUUCCGCCUUCAAUUCGGUGCAGUUCAGCAAUGGCCACGAUUUGGUAGCACCUCUAGUACACGUGGUGCAUCUAGUGUGGAGCAAUGCCAGGUACUAUCGGAGCACUCAAAGGAUGAGUGUCCUGCUGCGCUGCAUCUGCAACAUGCUGGUCCAUCGUGCCGCCGAGGAUCUUGAGCUGCAGUUGCUCUUCCAGGGUGACGCCGACGAGGGGCUACUCAAAAUCAAUCGCACCACAGAGGUUCUGGAGCUUUUCAAGCAGCGAAUGCUGGAAUACAAGGAGCGUUAUGCCGGCAAUCAGGUCCUUUUGCCAGCGCUUUCCGAAGGAGCAGGAGCUGUGGCUCCUUCUCCAUUCCCGGAUGACCAACAGCAGCUGUGGCGCUUCUGCCACGAGGAUGUGUUUGGCCAAACACUCGAUGGCUUCUCAGCCCAGUUGAUGGAGCUGCGUCAGGUUUUCGAGGCGGCAGUGCAGUUUCAGCAGCUGGAGAAGCUCGAAGUGGGCGGUUUAAGAGGCAAAAUGCUAACAGAACGCGUCAGAGAGAUUUUUGGGGAAUUCAAACUGCUUUUUGAGCAAUGGACCAAUGUGGACAUUGAUCUCACGGCCUCGGUGGCCAGCAAAUGGAAAUGUUUCCGCCGGGAGCAAGUCCUUUUCUUCAGUCGCAUGCAAUUGCUGGAACAGAAACUGGCCACCGUUUUGCUCCAGGCCUUCGAACAGUGCCACAGCUGGACGCACUUGCUCCGCUUGACCCUGAUGUUUAACUGCCUGCUGCAACGUGAAGCUGUGAGACCGGAAUUGGCUCGAGUCCUGCCGCACAUCCUUUUCAUCUAUAACACGGAAAUGGAGCAACUGGAGGAGAGUGUCACGGAAGUACUUUUGGGCUACGAGAUUCGGGGUUUGGCUGCCUUGCCCAUGGCCAAUAAUUUUCCACCCAUUGCCAAUGCCAUGAUGUGGCUACAACAGCAUAUCAUUCGCUGCGAUGAAUUGGGAGCCAAGGAGCUUAACCAACUUAUUGAGCAAUUAUUAAAAGAGAAAUCAGAGCUGCAAACCCUGCCCCUUCAAUGGGGUUCCCUGCUCUCACGUCGCAAUAUUUUAACCACCAAAUUGAGUAAUCUGCAAAUGAAAAUCUGGACCUCCUGGCAUGAGUGCAUUGAUAACCUAAUCAAACGAGGACUUGAUGAAUCGGUGCUUUCCCGAUCAGAGGAUAAUAGUCAGCUGUAUCUAAACUUCUCCCCGGUGCUGUUUACCCUGCUGAAGGAGACCAAGUAUUUGUUGGCCCUUCAGGCCACCGGCAGCUUAUCCGGCGAUCUCUUCCAGCUGCCGGACCAACUGCUCACACUCUAUGGUCAGCGGGAUGCCUAUUGGGAGCGUCGCAUUCGGCUCAUCAAGAUUGGGGAGUUCUACAACGGCAUUCGCUCGGGGGAAUGUGCCGCAGCUGAGCUCCAGUUAAUACGCAACGACCUGGCUACCAUCGACGAACAGGUGGCACAGGCUUGUGAGCAGCUCACCUGGCGCAACUACGAUGAUCCGCUUGUAGCGGACAUUUUUGAGCAGAGCCGAGACCUUUUUGCCCGACUGCAGCAGUCGCACGGCAAUUUGGAUGCAAUCCUGGUCAGCAUGCGUCGCUGGAGCCGGGAGCCACUGCAUCAGCGCAGCUUAUACGGUCGCAAUCUCCUCGAUCUGCGUCACCAGCAGGACCGAGUUCGUCUGCGAUUGCUGCAGUGCGAUGAGACCAAGAUGCUCCUCAAUCGCCUGCUGAUUGCCAACUUCUGUUUGUUUUUCAACUACGAAGCCCAGGAGUUUCAGCUUUACUCAAGGGAUCUCAGUGUCCAGGAGUUUGUUCGCGAAUUUCCCAAGGAGCAGCGGCGGCAGUACCACAAGUAUCUGGCCAGCGUGGAUGAGUUGAUUUUCCGCGAAGUUCGAGAGGCGAUGAGAAUAAGUUUAGAGUAUUUGUACAAAGAAAUGACAGCAACAGCAAAGGCAACAGCAACAUCAACAAUUCCAGCGGAUCCGGGUGCUUCAGCCAGCAUGGCAAGGUUAGUCCUACAGCAAAUCACAACGCCACAGGCGACAGGAGGAGCAGGAGCAGGGGGAUCAGGAGCAGGAGGAUCUGGAGCAGGCGGUGGAGCCCCGCCAGCCAUCAACGAUGCUCCACUCUUCGAAGUAAAAUUGGAGCUGACGGAAACGGAAAUACGCUUUUCGCCCGCCUUUGAUGCAAGUGUGGAAAAUAAUUUUCAACAAAUUGUGGAGCAGCUGUUGCUCGAUAUAAAACAGACAUGCGACUGCAUGCCAAGAAUUGUGGCUGACAAUGCCCUGUCAGAGGAUGAUGAAGACGACACGGCGACGGUGGAGUACGAGCAGGAGCAGAAACAGGAGCCGAAUGGGGUUGAGGAUCAGGGAAAGGAACUGGCGGGUCAGGAGCCGGAGGAACCCAAGCCGCAGGCCGUGCAAUUCAACCUGCUGGCAGCCGCCAAGGCAUAUAGCCAAAAAAUGGAAUGCAGUGCCGAUGGUCUGGAAAUUCUGGAGAAGGCGAUACGCGAUGCCCUGGCGGAUACGGUUGAGGCGGCAUCGGCUUACGCUGCCAAAUUCCACGCCUAUGCAUUCCUGUGGACCCAGCAGAGCGGCGACGUCCUGGCCGCCUGCAUGCAAACGGCCAGGGAGCAGACGCACCAUGUCAGUGCCGGCGGCUAUGCCAUCAUGGAGACGUUCAAAAAGGAGAUCGAGAACUACAACGAGGUGCAUGAUGCCAUCGACCAGUGCGAAAACAGGGAGUGCAUCAACGGAUGGCUAGCCCUCGAUCUCAAGCCCCUCAAGUAUGGCCUUCUCAACCUGGCCUGCAAAUGGUCGCACCUAUGCAAAAAAUGGUUACUCCGCUACGUUCAGGGAACUCUUAAGGAGUUGAACGCAUUCAUUGCCCGCGGUCACGAGACGCUGCAGCUGCACAUCGCCCGCCAGGACUUCUCGGCCCUGCUCCGCGUUUUGGCCAUCAUGUCGGAGAUUCGGCAGAGGGAACCGUAUGCGGAUAACGUCUUCAAGCCGCUGAAGGACAUCAUGGGUCUGCUGAAGACCUACAAUGUGGAGUUCGAACCGCAGCUGUUGCGGGGCAUUGAGCAGUUGCCGCAGCAGUGGCAGCAGCUGAAGCAGUCGAGUACUGUUAAACAGGAGGCGCUGCAGGACACUCGUUUCCACCAACAACAACGCGUGGCCGCUCUAAUUGGUUUGCACACCUGCCAUCUGCAGCACUAUGCCCGCCAGUUUCAAAAGAUGCCGUUCUUUCGGGUACCCUGCCCCCAAGUCUACGAUGCUUGCGAUGAGGUCUAUAUACGAUUGCAUCGCUUCCGUCGGCAACAGCGACUUUACACUCGCUGGGCCCCUCUUGAUAUUCAGCCUCCAGACUCUGCAACCCUGCAGCUCUGCGAGGUGGAGCUCAGAAGGGUCAAGCAAUUGUGGGACUUUGUGCGCGUCAUCGAGUCCUGCAUCGUGGACUGGCACGCCACGCCCUGGCUGCUCAUCGACACCGAUGACAUGGAGCACGAGUGCAAGAAGUUCACCCGCGACCUCCGCACCCUGGACAAGUGCAUCCGCGAGUGGGCGCCCUAUGUCCACAUCGUGGGCGUUCUCCGCGAACUGGUCGCCUCGCUGAGGGCCAUCACGGAGCUGCAGAAUCCAGCAAUUACGGAGCGCCACUGGAUGGAGCUGAUGCAGCUGACAAAGCUAAGUGGACAGCAUUCCAUGGAGGAGCUGCUCUCGUUUAAAUGCAACAAAUCUACCAGAUUGGCCCAGCUGCUGACCCUGCAAUUGCAGCAUCACGAGGAGGACAUUAAGAACACCGUGGACCGUGCCAUCAAGGAGAUGACGGUAACCAAAGUGCUCGAUGAGAUCAAGGCUACAUGGGCUCAUCUGGAAUUCGAACUGGAACAGCACCAAACGCGUCCCAACAUCCAGUUGCUCAAGGUAUCCGAGGAACUGAUCGAAACGCUGGACGACAACCAGAUGCAACUGCAAAAUAUCUCCACUUCGAAGCACAUUGAGUACCUUCUGGACAAACUCACCCACUGGCAAAAGGUCCUGGGAGGCAUAGACACUCUGAUUGUCAACUGGUUUGAGGUGCAGCGGAAGUGGAUCUACCUCGAGUGCAUCUUCAUUGGAUCUGCGGACAUUCGAGCCCAGUUGCCAGCGGAUGCGGAAUUUGAGAGGAUUGAUAAGGACUUUACAGAACUUUUAGCCAAGGUUAGUGAAAUUCGAGUGGUCAUGCAGGUGGUGUUGCGCCACGAGGGUGUCCUUGCCCAAUUGCUGCAGUUGCAACAGCUGGCAAUUUGUGAAAAGGCCCUGAAUGAUUACCUGGAGACCAAGCGUCUAGCCUUCCCGCUUUACUUCAUUUCCGCUGCCGACCUGUUGGAUCUCUCGAAUGGAAACAAUCCGCAAGUGAUCGACCGACAUCUGAUCAAACUAUUUGAUUCAAUCCUUCGUCUACAAUAUGAAACCAACACACCAAAUGCCCUGGGCAUGCAUUCCAGAAAUGAUGAGUAUGUGCCUUUCGUUUCCGCAGAUCAACAGCCAGCCUUCAUAGUUUGCGGGGGAGUGGAACUUUGGCUGCGUGCCAUUAUCCAGCAGAUGAGGAGCACCUUGCACGAGUUGUGAAGAGCCCUACGGGUUUUUGGGGAGAAACCUCGGGAGCUCUGGCUCUACGACUGGCCCGCCCAGGUGGCUCUAUGCUGCAGCCAAAUCAGCUGGACUGCGGAUGUAAACCGAUCCUUUGGCUGCAUGGAGGAGGGCUACGAGGGUGUGAUGAAGGAGCUGCACAAGCGACAGAUUGCCCAGCUGAAUGCCUUGAUCAAUCUCCUGCUGGAGAACUUUCCCAGGAGAUCGCAGAAGAUCAUGAUCUGCACCAUUGAUGUGCAUUCCCGUGAUGUGGUGGGCAAGAUUAUAGCCUCCAAGGUGGACAAUUCGCUGGCCUUCCAGUGGCAAACAUUGCGUCACCGAUGGGAUGAUGACCAGGCGGGAAGUUAGGGGAGGGCCAGUACGGCCAUCAGUUGUGGCGGAGGAGAUGGAUGCUUUGCCAACAUUUGCGAUGCCGAAUUCCGAUAUGCCUGAUAUCUAGGAAACACAUCGCGUCUAGUAAUUACACCCUUAACAGAUCGCUGUUAUAUCACUUUAACACAGUCGCUGCGAUUGCGGUUGGCCGGGGCAACCGCUGGUCCCGCGGGAACUGGGAAAACGGAGACCACCAAGGACCUCGGACGCGCCCUGGGCGUAAUGGUUUAUGUCUUCAACUGCUCGGAGCAAAUGGACUACAAAUCUUGUGGCAACAUUUACAAAGGACUCGCCCAGACGGGAGCCUGGGGCUGCUUUGACGAGUUCAAUCGCAUCUGCGUGGAGGUCCUCUCGGUGGUGGCCGUUCAGGUGAAGACCAUACAGGAGGCGAUAAAGAUGCAUAAAACCCAAUUUAUCUUUAUGGGCGAGCGCAUUUCGCUGGAGCCGUCGGUUGGAAUUUUUAUCACCAUGAAUCCAGGAUACGCUGGCCGUACUGAGCUACCAGAGAACCUGAAGACCCUGUUCCGGCCAUGCGCCAUGAUUGUGCCGGACUUUGCCUUGAUUUGUGAGAUUAUGCUAAUGGCCGAGGGCUUCCAGGAUGCCCGUCUGCUGGCCCGCAAAUUUAUCACCCUGUACACGCUGUGCAAGGAGCUGUUGUCCAAGCAGGAUCACUACGAUUGGGGUCUGCGGGCCAUUAAGUCGGUCCUGGUGGUGGCCGGUACUCUCAAGCGGGAUGACCACAGUCGGCCGGAGGAUCAGGUCCUGAUGCGUGCGUUGCGGGACUUCAAUAUACCCAAGAUUGUCACGGAGGAUGUGCCCAUAUUUAUGGGUCUGAUAGGGACUCUUCCCGCUUUGGAUGUUCCACGCAGGGUCUUUGAGUUCGAGAAGACCAUUCGAAGGGCAGUAAAUGAAAUAAAACUUCAGCCGGAGGAGGGAUUCCUUAUGAAGGUGGUGCAGCUCCAGGAACUCCUCGAUGUACGACACUCGGUUUUUAUAGUGGUAUGCGGGCACUGGGAAACCAAGAUCUGGCAAACCCUUCGCGAGACCUAUCGCAUCCAAAAGCUAAAGCCCGUCUGCCAUGUCCUUAAUCCCAAAGCUCUGUCCAAUGAUGAGUUGUUUGGUAUUGUAAAUCCCACUACGAGGGAGUGGAAGGAUGGCCUGUUCUCCUCCAUUAUGAGGGAGCAGGCCAACAUGCCACCUGGCAAUCCCAAGUGGAUAGUCCUCGAUGGCGACAUAGACCCUAUGUGGAUCGAGAGUCUCAACACCCUGAUGGACGACAAUAAGAUUCUGACUCUGGCCAGCAAUGAAAGAAUAUCUCUAAAGCGUGAGAUGCGUUUGCUUUUUGAAGUUGGACAUCUAAAGGCUGCCACUCCAGCAACUGUUUCCAGAGCUGGAAUUCUGUACAUCAAUCCACAAGACUUGGGUUGGUCACCCUAUGUCUCCUCCUGGCUGGAAACUCGAGUGGACAUGAUUGAGCGAGGUAUCCUGACCACGCUGUUUGAGAAGUACUUUCCCUUGAUGCAGCGGCAGCGUGACUUCCGGCGAAUUACUCCCAUCACGGACAUGGCCAUGAUCCAGAUGACCUGCCACCUGCUCGAGUGCCUCCUGGACAAAGAUGAUGGAAACGGAUCAGAUGGAAGAGGCAGAGGAAGUGGAGCCGGGGGAGCAGCAAACCCGCACAACUUACACCACGGUGAACUAUCCCACGAAGCAAUGGUCUGCCUGGAAACGAUCUUUGUGUGCACCGUUUGGAGCUUCGGAUCUGCCUUAAGUCAGGAUGUUAUCAUUGACUGGCACCGUGAGUUCCACAAGUGGUGGACAGGGGAGUUCAAGGACAUUAUGCCCAGCCAGGGAACCGUUUUUGACUAUCACCUAAAUGUGCAUACCCUUAAGUUUCAGCCCUGGUCUGAGCUGGCCGCCCAGGAGCCACUGGAGGGGCUUGAUACGGAAACUCCACUGCAGAAUGUGCUGAUUUCCACUGCGGAGACCACUCGGCUGGCUUACUUCCUCAAGCUGCUCAUUGACCGCAAUUUGGCCUGCAUGUUGGUGGGGAACUCGGGCUGUGGCAAGGGUGCCAUCUUCCGUGAGCUGUUCGGUCAGUAUGCCAGUGACCAGGAGCUCCUCGAAGUGGCCGUGUCAACGGCGGUAGCGUUAACAAGUGACAGCCAUCAGCAGCAGCAGCAGUUGGUGAAUCCUUCAGGAUCCUCCGGGGUUGUGCGGCGCAAGACCUCCUCUUCGGCGACCCCUCUGCUGACCACCGUCCAGGCCACGCACUUUAACUUCUACACCAGCUCGGAGAUAUUCCAGAAGAUGCUCGACCGUCCGCUGGAGAAGAAGUCGGGGCGCUGCUAUGCUCCAAGUGGCCCAAAGCGACGGCUCAUCUACUUUGUCAACGAUUUGAACAUGCCGGAGGUGGAUGCCUAUGGCACCGUUCAACCGCACACGAUUAUGCGACAGUUCAUGGACUACAGGCAAUGGUACGACCGCCAGCGGCUGCAGCUGAAGGACAUUCGGCACUGCCAGUUUGCAGCCUGCAUGAAUCCCACCGCUGGCUCCUUUACCAUCGACCCACGAUUGCAGCGGCACUUCUGUGUCUUCUCAGUGGCUCCUCCGAGUGAGGAUACCCUUCACCACAUCUACGGAAGCAUAUUAAGUAGUCACCUGGAGAGUCCCGCCCAGGGUUUUAGCAAGGAGAUUCUCAUUGGAAGUCUGCUGGUAAAAGUGGGUAUUGCCCUUCAUCGAAGAGUGGAGUAUGCCUUUCUUCCGACAGCCCUCAAGUUCCACUACCUUUUUAAUCUGAGGGAUCUCACCGGGAUAUACCAAGGUCUCAUGAACAGCGUGGGUGCUCCGGCAGCGGCGGGUGGAGGAGGUGCAUCCGGUUAUGGAGGAACCAUCUGCGGCAGACCCUCUGAACUUAUGCGGCUUUACGUGCACGAGGCCUUUCGGGUCUAUCACGAUCGCUUGGUGGAUCCCUAUGAUAUCAAAUCUUUUAAAUCCUCCAUUAGAGAUAUAUUCAAGAAGGAUUUUGAAGACUUUGACGAGGACUUUGUGUUUGCAGAACCUCUUAUAUACAGCCAUUUUGCCCAGUCACUGGUGGACCAGAAAUAUAUGCCCUUGAAAAGCUGGGACUCACUUUAUCAACUGCUUAUAGAGGCUCAGGCAAGUUAUAAUGAAGUGGUGGGCUACAUGAAUCUCGCUUUCGAAGAUGCCAUGAUACACGUGUGUCGUAUUAAUCAUCUGGAGAGUCCUCGGGGAAAUGCCUUACUUAUAGGAGUUGGAGGUUCUGGCAAGCAAACUUUGGCCCGUUUGGCUGCCUUCAUAUCCUCGCUAAAUGUCUCACAAAUCCAAAUUAAGCGAGGAUUUGGUCUAUUAGAUAUGCGAGAGGAAAUCGGCAGCCUUUACAUGAAGGUGGGCCUUAAAAACUGGCCUCCUUUUCCUCAUUCGGAUGCACAGAUUCCCGAUGAAUCUGUACUGAUGCUGAUUAAUGCUCUGGCCUCCGGUGAGAUACCCGAGCUCUUCAACGAUGACCAGCUGGACACGAUUACAAAUGGAAUUCGCAACGAGGUGAAGCAGAGCGGUACGCUGGACACCAAGGAGAACUGUUGGCGGUACUUUGUGGAGAAGGUUAGGCGACUCCUGAAAGUGGUGCUGUGCUUUUCGCCAGUGGGUCAGACGCUACGGGUUCGGGCUCGCAAAUUUCCGGCCAUCAUCAGUCGGACCGCCAUCGACUGGUUCCACGAGUGGCCCAAAAGCGCCCUGGAGUCCGUUUCCCAGAAGUUCCUCAACGAAAUCAGCGGCAUACUAGAGCCCGCACUGGUGCCGCCCAUCGGUUGCUUUAUGGCUUACGUCCACGGCACCGUGAAUCAGAUAUCGAGAAUUUAUCUGCAGAAUGAAAAACGCUACAACUACACGACCCCGAAAACUUUUCUCGAAUACAUUUUCCUCUACCGCAAACUGUUGGUGGACAAAAACGGCGAGUUCGCGGAGCGCAUCGCUCGUCUGCAGAGCGGAAUGUCCAAGCUGGCGGAGUGCGCCCGUCAGGUGGACACGCUGAAGGUGAGUAAUGCCAUCCAAGAGGUUCAGCUGGCGGCCAAAAACGCGGCGGCAGACAAACUGAUUGUGAGUAGUGCCGAAAGUGAAAAGGUGAAGCGGGAAAGGUACAUGCCUCCGAGGAAAAAACGGGUGCGGAUCAUCGAGGAGGAUGUCUCCAUCAAGACCAAGAUGUGCGAGGAGGAUCUUCGGCAGGCGGAACCCGCCCUGGUGGCUGCCCAAGCGCCUGAAUACUCUAAUAAAAACAACCUAACAGAACUGAAAUCCUUUGGUUCGCCACCCAAGGCGGUGGUAAAUGUGUGUGCUGCGUCAUGGUUUUGUGGCCAGUAAUGGAAAGAUCCCAGAGAUCGCAGCUGGAAGGCCUCCAAACUAAUGAUGGUUCGGGUGGAUCAGUUCCUCAACGAUCUGCUGAACUACAACAAAGAUAAUAUACACCCUAAUAUCAUUGAAACGCUACAGGAAUAUCUGAAAGUAAAGACCCGAGUUCAAUCCGAUAAAGUGGUGCAAAAGUCGGUGGCUGCUGCUGGCCUGUGUGCCUGGGUUAUUAACCUCCAUCGGUACCAUCAGGUCUUUCUGAUCGUGGGACCAAAACAGCAGGCUUUGCAGGACUCGCAUCAGGUGCUGGAGGCCAGAGAACGGCUGCAAUACCUCAAGGGUAAGAUCAACAAUCUGGAGGCCAAGCUGGCCGAGAUUCAGGCGGAAUUCGAAAACGCGGUGGCCGAGAAGCAGAGAUGCCAACGGGAGGCGGACAAGACCUCCUUCACCAUCGACCUGGCCCACCGGCUGGUCAAUGGGCUGGCCAACGAGAAUGUCCGCUGGAAGGAGUCCGUCCAGAGCCUGCAAGCCAAGAUUGGUACCCUGCCCGGAGAUAUCCUGCUAAUUUCCUCGUUCCUGUCGUACGUGGGCUGCUUUACGCGCCGCUAUCGUGAGGAGCUGCAGCACAAGAUGUGGCUGCCCAACUUUCGCAAAAUCGAUCCGCACAUUCCCCACACCGAGGGCGUGAUACCUGGCCUUUUCUCGGAUGAUGCCCAAAUAGCCGCCUGGAACAACGAGGGUCUUCCCAUGGAUCGAAUGUCCACGGAGAAUGCCACUAUUUUGCAAUACUCCACCCGAUGGCCACUGAUGAUUGAUCCGCAACUUCAGGGCAUCAAAUGGAUCAAGAACCGUUUUGGUACCUCAUUAGUGGUUUUACGGCUGAGACAAAAGGGUUUUCUAGAGGCCCUGGAGAAGAGCAUCUCGCAGGGUGAAACCGUUCUCAUCGAGCAGAUUGAGGAAACAAUGGACACUGUUUUAGAACCCCUUCUCAGCAGGGCUCUAAUCAAAAAAGGUCGCUUUUUGCGCAUUGGCGACAAGGAAAUCGAGUUUCAUUCCAGUUUCCGGCUCAUUCUGCACACCAAAAUGGCCAAUCCGCACUACAAACCGGAAAUGCAGGCGCAGACCACUUUGAUUAACUUUACAGUAACGCCAGAUGGUCUGGAGGAGCAGCUGCUAGCAGAGGUGGUUAAAAUAGAAAGACCCGAUCUGGAACAGAUGAAAACGGAGGUCACUGUGCAGCAGAACAAGUUCAAGAUAUCCCUGAAAGCUCUCGAAGAUGAACUGCUAGCCAGGUUGGCUUCAUCAGGUGAAAAUGUCCUGGACGAUCAUGCAUUGGUGUUAAAUUUAGAAAACACAAAGAAAACUGUGGACGAAAUAGAAGCGAAAGUUAGAGAGGCGAGGGUUACAACUCUGCAGAUCGAUGAUACCAGGAACAUUUAUAGAUCGGCUGCCAAAAGAGCUGCCAUUUUGUACUUUGUACUAACAGAUUUGAGUCGCAUAAAUCCCAUCUAUAAGUUUUCGCUAAAGUCCUUUAUGCAUGUUUUUCGACAGGCCAUUGCAUUGGCCUCGGAAUCCAAAAAUUACGAGCGACGGGUGCUUCAUCUGGUGGAUUCCAUAACCCUGCAGACAUCGUAUACUUUAAGGGGACUUUUCGAGGCGGACAAGCUGACCUUCACGUCGCACAUGACCUUAAGGAUUCUUAUAGCCGCUGAGCAGGUGGCCAAGGAUGAAACUGACUUUCUGCUGCGCUUUCCCCACGAUCCCAGCACCCUUUCGCCCUUGGAUUUCGUAAGUCGCAGUGCUUGGGGAGGAAUUAAGUUUACACUGAUAGAACACUUUUACGGAAUUGACAAGGACAUGGAGAACUAUACGAAGCGUUGGCGAAAGUUUAUGGCCAGUGAUACCCCAAAGGAGCAGUUUCCAGGGGAGUGGAAGCACCGAACUCCACUCCAGAAAUUGUGCAUCAUCCGUUCCCUAAGACCAGAUCGCAUGACCUGCAUGCGGCAGUUUGUUGAGCAAACGAUGGGUCGUUCGUAUGCUGAAAUCCACCCUCCCUUUGGAGCCAUCUUCCAGGAGCUGAAUGCAGCCACCCCUGCGUUUUUCAUUCUCUCACCAGGAGUGGAUCCCAUUCGAGAUGUGGAGCGUUAUGGGCAAAAACAGGGUUUCCAUUCGGAAUCUGAUACCCUGGUCAAUAUCUCAUUAGGACAGGGACAAGAACUCCUUGCCGAGCAGGCUAUCAUACAAGCCUCCUCCGGUCAGCAAUGGGUGAUUCUGCAAAAUAUCCACCUGGUGGUCAACUGGCUGCCCACGCUAGAGAAGCUCAUCGAAAAGAUUGUACUGCAGAGCGAGACGCAGGGCGAAUCCAGUUUCAGGCUUUUCAUCAGCGCCGAACCUGCUCCAGAUCCACAGUACCAUGUGAUUCCACAGGGUAUACUCGAGUCCUCACUGAAGGUGGUCAAUGAACCUCCAUCCGGAAGCGCCAAUCUGCACAAGGCAUGGGACAACUUUUCCCAGGACGCUUUGGAAACUGCACCCAGAGCGGAGUUUAAGUCAAUCCUUUUUGCCCUCUGCUAUUUCCAUGCGGUUGCUGGCGAGAGACGCAAAUUCGGACCUCAGGGAUGGAACAAGGUGUACCCAUUUAAUAUUGGAGACCUCACCAUCUCGUCCAAUGUCCUGCACAACUAUCUGGAGGGCAGCAAUCGGAUUCCCUGGGAGGAUCUUCGCUAUCUCUUCGGCGAGAUUAUGUACGGUGGUCACAUCACGGACGACUGGGAUCGCCGGCUAUGCCAAACUUAUCUGGAGGAGCUCCUCCAGCAAGACCUCAUCGAUGGUGACUUCGAGCUGUGUCGGUUUCCAGCUCCUCCGAAUCUCGACUUUGAGGGCUAUCACUCGUAUAUCACGGAAAUGCUGCCAGAGGAGAGUCCACUGCUGUACGGUCUGCAUCCAAAUGCAGAGAUUGGUUUCCUGACCACCGCCUCCGAGCAGCUGCUGCGCACAAUCUUUGAGUUGCAACCAAGGGAGUCGGAGUUAAGCUCCCACUGCGGAGCACCGCGGGAGGAGCUGGUCAAGAUCAUGAUAGACGACUUCCUGGAUAAACUACAGGAUGAGUUCACUCAGGCUCUGCUCAAUCGUGUGGAGCGCAAGACGCCCUUUGUGGUCGUCGCUCUGCAGGAAUGCGAAAGGAUGAACGCUUUGAUUAGGGAAAUCAAACGAUCCCUUCGAGAACUGAUGCUGGGACUGAGGGGCGAACUCACCAUCACCCAGGAGAUGGAGCGACUGGACCACGCCAUCUUCUACGAUCAUGUGCCUGAGGCUUGGGCUCGCCUGGCCUAUCCCAGCAUGUUGGGCCUGCAGUCCUGGUUCGCGGAUCUGCUGCACCGCAUCAAGGAGCUGGCCGGCUGGCUUAAUGACUUCAAGCUGCCCUGUGCCAUCUGGCUGGGUGGACUAUUCAAUCCCCAGAGCUUUCUCACCGCCAUCAUGCAGGAGAGUGCCCGGAAACAUGACCUGCCACUGGACAGGAUGCUAAUCAGCUGCGAUGUUACUAAAACAAAGGACGAUGUCACCCUGCCGCCCAUGGAGGGCGCCUUUGUCCACGACCUGUACAUGGAUGGCGCCAGCUGGGACUGUCAGCUGAACUCCAUUGUGACCCUGCGUCCCAAGGAGAUGCUCUGCGCCAUGCCCGUCAUCUACAUCAAGUCCAUUGUCCAGGAGAAGCAGGAGCUGCAGCGCGUCUACGAGUGUCCUUUGUACAAGACCAGGUCGCGGGGCAAUACUUAUGUGUGGACCUUUAACCUAAAAACACGCGAACGACCCUCGAGAUGGAUCCUGGGGGGCGUGGCUCUCCUGCUGCAGCCAUAAAUGGGCAAUAAUAGUUUUUAUAACUAAGAAAUCACUGAGAAUCGAUUCAAUUCUAUUGUAUUCCCCACCGCAGAUAAAUACGCCUAUUAAACUCUACGUCAUUCCACAAACUACUCAACGCUCGAGAGGCGAGAAAGCCCCACAAUUCCACGAUAUACGCAUAUAUGACUAAUCAAUUAGUAGAUAUUUAUAACUUUCAGCACAUCGAUGGACGCGCAACUCACGUGCUUCCGGGCGACAUGGUGACGAAACGCAAAAGUAUUGCUUAUCUAAUGAUUCCGAAAUCAUGUGCCGAACUGGUUGCCUGUUGCCAUGUGAAGUAAAACACACGAAAUCGACGAACAAGUUUGAGAAAUUCUUCAAGCAUAUUAUAAAAAUAUCGUGGGCGUAAAAAAGCACUGUUAACUGGUUACAGUCAGUUUUAUAUCUAUACAACAUUAUGAAUAUUAUUAUAUAAGAAAUAUGUAUUUAUCUCACUAAAAAUAUAUCUAACCUAUCCCAAUAAAACCACAAAAAAUGAAU